UCCGGCGCGUUACGUCACGCUCCGAAAGCAAACAAGUUCACGCCGUACCGUAACCGCACGCACGGCGCGAGCUAACCUAGCCCACGUAUCCGCGACGUGCCGAUGUCGAUUUAAAGGAGGGACAGGGAUUACAGUCCCCGCCGCGAACGCGACAUGUCGGCAGGCGAGCUUAGCUGUCCGAUUGAGAGACGUUGACCCGCGUCGAGAGUCGCCAGGAUGUUCGUCGACCCGUCAUCGCGCUUCGCACCACGAACUUGAUAUUCUAUUUCGAGUCGUACGCAAUGCGUUAAUCGUUUAUUUAUAAACGUGCCGCUUCUGCAACUGACGUUUACCGAGGUCCCACGCGCGCUCUCGCGUUAUCGUAAAAUGCGUUAAAGCUGCAACGUCCCUCUCUCUCUCCGUCGCACUGGUUUUUUUUCCCCCCAUUUUCGUGUACAAGUUAUGGACGAAGUUUGGUUUCACCUCUCGAAUCAGCUCGAAACGUUGCAGGUUCAAGCAUCGCUAGCGGCGCAACAGGGACAGCAAUGGUGUGCGGCUUGGCUGGCGCAGUUGCAAGAAUUUAUCCAGCAGCUUUGCGACGAGCAACACGCUCAGUACGCCAAAGACAUCGCGCUGGGCAUGGCUGCCUCUGUACAGAGAGGGUGGCAAGAAAUUCAGUUUCAGUAUUACAAUAGUCAAUGGAACACAAUAGAUUUUUAUCGCCAACUGGGAACCUUGUGUGCUGGUAAAGUGUCGAGGAGAGAAGCGAUGUUUUGCUUGACAGGCCUGAUGAUUGGAACUGUAACCGGCUACUAUAUCGGCGUAACUUGGAAACCUGCCUCUCGACAUGUACAUCAUAUAAAAGCUAUUGCCUGCCACCAUUAUUACGGUAUCGAGGGUGUGCUGAUGAUAGACGACUCUGAAAUGCCAACGAUUAAGAAAUCGAACGAAUUACUCAUACAAGUUAAGGCCGCUUCACUUAAUGUUAUCGAUACAAAGAUAUGCUCUGGUUACUCUAGGAUUUAUAGAAGAUUACUUAACUCAGGAAAACAGAAAGAACUACCUGUAACUUUAGGGAGGGAUUGCGCCGGAGUGAUAGUCGACGUUGGACAAGGCGUUAUCAACUUCGACAUCGGAGAUGAGGUAUUUUUAGCCGUGCCAUCGUGGGCUUCUGGCACGAUGGCGGAAUAUAUAAUUGUUCCAGAAACGCAAGUAGCAAGACGGCCUAAAUCAUGUAACUUCGAAGCCUCCGCCAGCCUGCCUUACAAUGGUUGCUUGGCGUGGGACGCUUUAGUUAAUAGAUCUGUCAUCAAGGAAGGCAAUGCCAAAGGAAAACGAGUUCUCGUUUUCGGCGGAAGUACUCCGAUCGGUUGUAUCUUGAUGCAAUUAAUUAAGUUAUGGGGUGGAUAUGUAGUAACCGCUUGCCGAACAGACGCCGUGCCCAUAAUGAGGGCAUUGGGUGCCGACGAAGUUAUGAUAAUAAACGAAACUGACAUCGAAAAGGAACUACAAUUACACGAUAAGUACGAUGCGAUUUUUUAUACUGAUAAUCAACCCUUUCAAGAACAUAUUUUAAAGAAACACUUGUUGCCUCAUGGCUCCUAUGUAUCAACUGUUCCUGAACAAUUGACGUCGGACUCGCUGGGAUUUAUUUGUGGAAGCAUAUUUGCUGGAUGUGUUAGAAUAAAAUUAUUGGUUCAGUACAUGUUCGGAUUUAACAUGCAUCAAUGGAAAGAAGGAGCAAAGUUGAAUGUCGCAUAUUUGCGAACAUUGUGCGAGCUGACCGAUGCGAAUCAAUUGCAAACGGUUGUGGACAGGGUGUACGCGCCAUACAAUAUCGAGCGAGCGUUGCUCCAUGUCUUAGAUCCAAACUCUAUUGGUAGUACGAUUAUAACGUUUCAGUGACAGUAUCAUUGGAAGAAAUUUAUAUCGCGACUAUAUAUCUUUUGUACA